GGAGACCGGCUUGUCUCCCAUGCCCACCCCCUUUUGGGUUGGUUGGUUUGUUUGAGGCGCUGAGUCAUAAUCCUGGCCCACGUGUGUGGGGCUGAGUGGGCCCUCCAGAGGGGGAGGCCAAGCUGCCAGGUCAGGGGUGGGAGUGAUGGUGCUGAACCUCCUUUAGGGACAGGAUGAAGUAGGAGCCUUGGAGGAAGAGGUCCCAGCCAAGGUCUGGCCUCCAUCCCCUCCCAGGUGCCUUGCUUGGGGAGUGGAGAGGAAGGCUGUCCCUUUGGGCCGGUCCUUCAGAGCCUUGAAGGCUCAGUGGUGUCACCUCUCCCGUCCCCACCUAUUCCACUGAAGAUGGUGGGAGCCCCGCGGCCCCGCCUGGUGUACAGCCUGACCGAUGCCACCCCUGCCAGGACCAUUUGGGUCUACCGGAAUGGAGAUCCCUUCUAUUUGGGGCGCAAGUUUGUCAUCAACCAUCGAUACGUGCCCAACUUCGAAGCCUUCAUGAUACAGCUCAACGAAGGGCUGCCCAUGCCCUUUGGGGUGAGGAACAUUUACACCCCUCGAUACGGGCACAGCGUGUCAGAUCUACCAGAGUUUCAACAAGGAGGCAGAUACGUGGUGGCAGGCCGGGAAAGGUUUAAGAAACUGAAUUACUUUAGUAUAGGAGCAAAGAAACCUCAAAGAAAGAAAAUGGAUGAAGUGAUUCGACCAGUAGUCCACAGUAAUAUACAAGUACCUUCCAAAUGGCAAUCAAUCUAUAAUAAGCCACGAAGUAUUAAUGUUUUCACAAACGGAGAGAUGCUGAUACCACCUAUGAAAAUUCUCAUACCCAAGUUUACAUUGAGAAGUUGGAAUAGUGUCCUUGGCCUAAUAAAUGAAAAAGUAUUGCCUCGCUCUGGAGGUAUUCAAAGAUUGUGUACUUUAAAUGGCCACAGUUUACAUGGGCCUGAUGAAUUAGAAGAUUGUCAAUUUUAUGUUGGAUGUGGGAAUGAAACAUUUAAGCAUUUGCCAUACUGGCAGCAUCCCAGAGUUCCGUAUUAUAUUCGGCGAAGUUUUCAUGCUUUUGCUGGACCUCCAGAAAAACCUCCAUCCCAAAAGUUUCUUCCAUGA